UUAUGUUCCAAUCCCGAAUUCCAUGAGAUCGUAGAAAAAGCUGCGAAGAUCCUUCACCUUUCUGAACACACUGUCUGCGACGCGAAAGGAACAAUCGUCAAGUUAUAUACUUCUCUGGAGACUAAGGGUUUAAUGGGAGAUGACGGUCGUCGGUAUCUAUUUGAUUUAUACCGUUUCAGCCCGGUCGAUAUUGAAUUUUUAGAACAAGAAUGCGAAGUAAAAGAAGACAGCGAUAUGCCAGCUUAUCCUCAUAAGCUGACAUUACUUCGACCCGAACUGAUUGAAUCAUGCUGGGAAAGUAAAUUCAGAAGCUGGCUUCAAGAGAAGGCUAACAAAAAACAAGAAAAUGAAAAUGCGCCUGAAGAAACGGUGAUUGCAAAUGCUGAUGAAUUCAGUUUUGCAUUCAAUCCCGAUGCCUUUACAAACUACAAAACCCCGCCGGGAGAAGAAUAUGACAAAAUCAGAGCUGCCGAUGAAGAAAAU